AUACCACACCUUUGCCACCAGACGUCCUUCAAACGGCGGGGAACAUGCUGGAAUGUCACGACUUUCGGGGACAGACACAAGCCAGAACUUUUGGAGUUGACAGGCGUCAGCCAACAUGGCAGAGCAACGAUGAGCGGCCUCAACGACUUUGACUAUCAAUCACUAGCCCAACUGACUUCCAGCGAUUCACAUAACCUACAACAACUGCGGACGCUCACAAAAUCCGGAAUACCAAAUGAAGUCUUGGAACAUUUUAAGCAUAUGAAAUGCCACUGCUUAAUGGUAUUGCCUGAGAUUGGACGAGCAUGGCUAACAAUUGAUUCAGAUUUGUAUAUUUGGACAUAUGAGCAAGCCAGAGACGUUGCCUACUACGAUGGAUUAAGUCAUUUAAUUGUGAGCGUUGGACUGGUCAAGCCAAAAGCAGGAGUGCUUAUUAAGGAUGUCAAGUAUCUUCUGUUGCUAACGACUCCCAUUGAAGUGAUCGUUUUGGGUAUAACUUUCGAUGACGAACACGAUUAUACAGAUACAACCACUGGUGCUAAUGGAAUGCAACUUAUGAAUAAGCCACUAUUUGUGCUUGGCACAGAAAGUUCCAUUAAUGUCAUUCAGGGCAGUGACGAUGGACGAAUUUUCUUAGGUGGACGGGAUGGUUGUUUAUAUGAAAUUGACUAUCAUUCCGAGUCCAGUUGGUUCGGCAAACGGUGUAAGAAGAUAAAUCAUUCGCAAGGGCUGGUAUCCUAUAUAGUUCCAAGUUUUCUUAAAGUAUUUUCGGAGGUGGAUCCCAUCGAGAAAAUUGUGAUUGACAACACCCGUAAAUUGCUUUAUAUACUUACCGAAAAGGGAUCUGUAGAAGCAUGGCACAUUGGUGAAAGCUGUACCACUGUACGGCGGCUUGGAAGGAUAACACAAAAUGAUAUAGCGAGUCAAGCAAUCAGUCUAAUUAAAACUGUUGAUCCAGCCAUUUUUAAGGGUGUCAAAGCCAUUUGUCCACUCAGCACAAAUGAUUCGAGUUUUAUUCACCUGGUCGCUGUAACAACGUGCGGUGUGCGGCUUUAUUUCUCUACCUCGAGAUUAAACCAGCAGCAACAGUUAAACAGUAUUUCGGAUAACUUUGGCAAUCAACCACUUCCAUCGCUGCAAAUGGACUCUGAAAACUCCAAGGGGAUUUUUCUAAUGCAUGUUAGACUGCCGCCUGGCUAUACGCCAAACGCCACCACAAAUAAACCAAAACAGUUGCAUGCGGCGCACUAUAGUGAGGGAACAAUGUUGAUGAUUACGAGGCAACAAGACCAUAAUUUGCUGUGGUCGGUGAGCUCGGCACCUUUCACCAACUUUACCUACUUGGUUGAAUCGACGACUUUAGAAGGCAUUGAUGGCAUUGUAUGGAGUCUGGCCGAAUUAAAGGAUUCAAUAGUGUCCAACAUAACAUCGAUAUUGCACAACUUACGUACGCCCCGACGAGUGGUCAUGCUAACGAACCAAGGAACGCAUAUUGUGGAGUUAUUGAAAGCAGCUCAUAUGCUACAGCAGUUGUUAGUAUCGUGUAAGGGACCGCAUCAUGAAUCGGUGAAGAUGUUCUUUCAAACCCAGAACGAACAAGAAGCCUGUGUUACCGCCUUGUUGUUGGCCACAUCGGAACAGUUUCGUGGCAGCGAUAUUGCACUAUGGGCAACGCAAGCGUUUAUGCUGUACGGUGGGGAACCUUCAUAUCAGCAUUAUAUGAAUCCUAGCAAUCGAAAUAUGCCUAACAAUACUAUAGUGCCACAAGGAAGGGAUCGAGUGCCGCCGAUGUUCAUGUCGACUCCUAUGCAAAAUUCAGCAAAUAGUGGAGCAACACAAUACAUUCAGCCAAUUAGUCCAAUUUCACAGCCUCCGCAGCACCAACAGCUCUCUGCUGUGCCGGGCAAUGAUAACUCAAUGUUAAAAUUUUCAGCAAAACACGAUGGACUGUAUAUGUUUGUGUCGCGCAUGCUGCGACCCAUUUGGAAACUGCAUUGCGUUGAUGAAAAUUUAUGCUCGAGGCUAACAACUACAGAUUGUUCAAUUCUCUUGAUUGAACUGCGUUCGUUAAGAAAUUUCUUGGAUAAGCACUCAGUACAUGAUCUUUCAUCUGCCAGCAGACGAAUGCCUUAUGAUAGUCAUUUAAAUAGAUCGAAUACAGUGAGGAUGAGCCACACCCAGUUGCCAAUAAAUGAACAUCGCAACCUAACCGAGCAGGCACAGAUCGAAGAGAAGCGCUCGCUGUCUGCACUGAAUCAAUUUAUUAAGCAUGCAUGUGAGGUAAUGUCAUUGUGGGGCAUCCUUAACGAUCACCAGUUCCAGUUGCUUUGUCAGCAAUUGACUCCCGAGCAUCAGAAAAUGCUCAGAUGUUGCACGUUUCGAGAUUUGCUAGUAACACGUUCCGAAGUGUGUGCUUUUCUCAUUAUUGCACUGAUCAAUUUAUACCUCAAAGAUAAAGCAGAUGUGACCGAUGUCUCGGAUAACUUGCGAGAAUUGUGUCCAAAUCUAUAUAGACAUGAGGACGAAGUCACUUAUAAGGCAACCGAAAUACUAAUGAGUGCAAAGAAUUCCAAAUCAGCAGCAGAGAAGGAACAAAAGCUCUGCACAACAUUGCAAAUGUGCCUAGAUGCUGCUCCAACUCUGCCCCUACACAGUAUUUGUCAACAGUUUAUUUCAGUAGAUUUUUAUGAAGGUGUUGUGGAAUUAUCCGCGACCUGUGCCUCGAAAAUCGAUCCAGAAGAGAUCGGUAUUCAUUAUUACAACAACAAUGAGCCACCAGAGGAUCGCGAAGGUUACACAUGCUUCAUAACUCGCAUGAACUAUUACAAAGAGGUGCAGCUCAUGCUAGACCAUAUUUAUCAUUCGGUUGUCAGCAGGAGACCUGAUCAGGAUCAGAGUAGAAACUUCUUUCAAAAUAGUGACACAACUCACGAACAUCAUGAUAUGGAAAACAGGUCGAAGCAGACCAUUAAAAAGAUAACACAUCAGGUCCUCAGAAUAAAGGAUCCAUUAGUACAUGUAACGAUCUACGAAUGGCUGCUAUCACAUGAUAUGAACAGUGAAUUAUUGGAACUGGUGCAGCCUUCGUUGGGCGAAUUUCUACGCCGUAGCGUCAGCCGAAAUCCAGAGAAUGUGAAAUUAAUUGAUUUAUUGUGGAAGUACUACGAGAAGAACGGUCAUCACUCACAGGCCGCCCAGAUUCUUGAUAACCUGGCGAUGACUCGAACUGAGAACAUAACUCUUGAUGUACGCAUUGACUAUUUAGUUCGUGCGGUUAUGUGCAUGCGCAAAAGACAGUUGGCUCUUUCCAUAACUAAUGGCAUCUUUUUGAAAGAGUUGGAGGAUAAGUUGGAGAUUGCACGAGUACAGAAAUCCGUACUUGUCGCCAUGAAUCCGGUGGCAAACACUAAUCAUGAGGCUCGACAAGCUAUCAAUGAAUUAAAUUGUGCGCUCUAUGAUAUUACACAACUGUACCAGAAUUUCGCAGAGCGAUUUGAUCUCUGGGAAUGCCAACUGUCGAUACUGAAUUGCUCCAAUCACAACGAUCCAUUGUUAAUUGAAUCGGUCUGGGGUAACAUCAUUAAUAGUGCCGUGGAUACAGCAGGCUCGACACAAGACCGUAGCACGAGACUCUUUACCAAAAUUGAAGUUUUAGUUCGAGAGUUUGGAGAGUCGGGUCCUUGCUUUCCAUUUGCAUUCCUCAUCAGAGAGUUGGAAAUAAAAGCAUGUAAAUGCACUUGCCCGAAGGAAACAGUGCCUGAGAAACUGUUUGCAAUGAAAUUAGAUAUUGAGCUGCUGCUGGAAUAUUUCAUUAGAAUGAUUUCUAUGAAUGAACGCAUCUGGGCAAACGAAGGCAAUGAAUGGCAUUUGAUACAGUCGGCAAUCCGAGUGGUUACUCUUCUGGCUGACAAUGCUCAGGCCAUCUGGUACCGUUCCAAACGACGCAUACUGGGCAAGGCACAAGACAUCGUUGCUGCGUGUUUGAAUAUUUGCUAUCAGAAGCCGGACACGAAUCGCCUGCAGCACUCACUCAAGGAGCUUCAGUGCCGUUUGCAACGGCUAUUAGGUUAAUGCCUCUUUUGGAGUUAUAGUUUUGAAAUUAUACACGUUUAGAUAAGCGUAAUGGAAUAUAUGUUAAUUUUUGACUGAGGUAAAUAAAUUGUAUGUGUUGUUUAA